AUGUUGUGCCUUUUGAUGUUAUUCGUACGUAUGGGCUCGACAUGUGACACGCAAAAUAUUCACGGUUCUCAACCAUCGGAAGGUUUAAUCACCUCACCCCGCUAUCCUCUCACUUAUCCACCCGAUUCCAACUGCCUUUACAAACUUACUGCCGCAUCAGGACUUGUUAUUCGCAUUUCAUUCAUACAUUUCGAGUUAGAACGACCAUUACCGCGUUCCAAUCAGUGCUUCAAUGACUAUGUUAUUAUAACCGUAACUGAUCGUCACGGAAGAGAUCAUAUUGGCGAUCGCUACUGUGGUUUAAGUCUUCCACCACCUAUUCAAACUAUGCAAAAUACAUUAACAAUACGUUUUCAUUCAUCACGUACAAAUCAAUAUCCAGGAUUUAAACUUCAUUAUCAGUUUUUACCCGAAGAAUCAAUAAUGGAACCACCUAGUACUUAUUAUGACAACGACCAAAGGUAUCGUAAGCAAUGUGGAGGUCACAAUGCCAAAGAUUCGUUAUAUGGAGAAAUAAUCAGUCCAGGCUAUCCAGUGAUCUAUCCAAAAAAUGUUUCAUGUCACUGGUUAAUAAGGCUGCAUUUAGCUGAAUGUGACCGGGCGUCAUUAUACAUUAUUGAUGGUUAUCACCAAGAAACAAAUUACGAGAAUUAUCGAAAUGAAGAUUUAUUUCAAGUGCACUUUUGUGGCAAUCAGGAUUAUUACAACGAAGACGGAAUGAAAUCGUAUAUAUCAGUCAGUAAUCGGCUGCUAAUAAAAUUCAUCUCAAGAGAUUAUCCAACAUCGGAAUUAUUGGAGAAAUAUGAACAAGCAGGAAAGCCAAUUGGAUUUCGCCUUAUUUGGACCGAAGUUGAAGAACUUUUAAGCGAUGGGCAAUUAUGCAAUGGUUUCGCUUGCAAAGGAGGUGAUCUUUGUAUCGAUGAUGGCCGCAAUGUCUGUGCAAGUCGAAGUCAGCUUUGUAUCAAUAAAUCAUUGCUAUGUAACGGUGUACCCAAUUGUGCAGAAAAUGAUAACAGCGAUGAACAAUACUUAAUUUUUCUUGCUGUAUUAUGGCAAAGAAGUCAAAUUAAGAAGAAAAUCGAAAGGCGCACCAAGGACCAUCUAGAUGCUGAUCAUAACGAUAAAGAUGGCACCGUUGUUUGGGAAACCAAUCAGCAAUUAUCAAAUCACUCACCUACCAGUUCAUAUCACGUAAAUACGAGCAAUCGAAUUCGAAAUGAUUUAUACGAAAUGGGAACAUUUCGAUCGGCUCCUCUCUAA